AUGAAGCAACUGGAUUAUUACAAAAUAAUAGUUAAAACUCAAUCAGAGGAUGUGCAAAAGUACAUUCCUCUAUGCUUAGAACGGAUGAAAGUAGGAAAAGUGAAAAUCGUAGGAAGGCAACAUGGAAUUAUCAAAGCGCUUACUCUACUGGAACUUUUAAAAAAAGAAGGCACGAAAAUGAAUCAUAAUAUACAAUAUGAGAACUUAAAAGCCACAGGAUCUGAUAGACGAAAGAAUCUCGAAGUUAGCAUAUUACUAUCUUUGGAAAAUUAA